AUGUUAGGUCUUACUAUUGGCGAAAAUAUAUCAUAUGGGUGUUCAUCACAUAGAUUUACUUAUGAAGAUAUUAUUAAUGUAGCUAGACGAGCUCAUUGUCAUAAUUUUAUAGAAGCAUUACCAAUGGGUUAUGAUACACCUGUAGGAUUGAAUGGAACUUCGUUCUUAUCUGGAGGUCAAAAAAAGCGUAUUGCUAUUGCAUGA